AUGGCGGAUCGGGUUAAAGGUCCGUGGAGUCAAGAGGAAGACGAGCAGCUGAGGAGUAUGGUGGAGAAAUACGGGCCGAGGAAUUGGUCGGCGAUUAGCAAAUCGAUCCCUGGUCGAUCUGGCAAAUCGUGUCGAUUGCGGUGGUGCAAUCAGCUAUCUCCGGAGGUUGAGCACCGGCCGUUCUCGCCGGAGGAGGACGAGACGAUUGUCUCCGCCCGAGCCAAGUUCGGCAACAAAUGGGCGACAAUCGCUCGUCUUCUCAACGGCCGUACGGACAACGCCGUGAAAAACCACUGGAACUCGACGCUAAAGCGGAAAUGCGGUAGCGCCGGUGGAGAUGUAAAUUUCGCGGCGAUGACGGAGGAAGAUCAGGAUCGGCCGAAGAAGAGGAGAUCGGUGAGCUUGGAUUCUGCUCCGGUGGAUACUGGAUUGUACAUGAGCCCGGAGAGUCCUCCCGGAAUUGACCUCAGCGACUCCAGCACGAUCCCAUCUCCGCCGUCUCCGGUUGCUGCUCAGCUUUUCAAGCCAAUGCCGGUUUCCGGCGGAUUCACGUUGCCGCCAACGGUCGAAAUGACUUCUUCCUCUGAAGAUCCGCCGACGUCACUGAGCCUAUCACUGUCACUGCCCGGAGCUGUGGUCAGCCAGGAGUCGAAGAACACGAGCUCGAGCCACAACUCGUUGCUGUUUCCGCGAUUUGAGAGUCAAAUGAAAAUUAAUGUAGAGGAGAGAGGAGAAGCACUCGUCGGAGUCGGACGUAGAGCUGAGUUUAUGACGGUGGUGCAGGAGAUGAUCAAAGCGGAAGUGAGGAGUUACAUGACGGAGAUGCAGAAAAAUACCGGCGGUGGAUUCGUCGUCGGAGGUUUCAGGGAUAGUGGAAUAACACCGAAGGUUGAGUAG